CAGCCGCCCAUAAUAGCCACCCAAAUUGCUCUCUCUCUCUAAAAGGAAAAUAUCUAUGAAUACACAACAGAAAAAUGCCCCUACCCCUCCCAUCCCCACUCACUGACUCACUGAGAAUCCCAUAAAAACAACAACAACAACAACAGUAGAAUCAUCGACCACAACAAAAACAACAGCAACACCAAACAAAAUAUCUCUCUCUCACUCCCCUUACUACAAUUUCAUCUCAAUCACUCCCUCCCUUCGGCCCUCACGAGUUAUUACUAUCAAAGAUACUAUAGAUAGGGACCAACAACAACCCUAAACUGUUGAUGAGCGAGUACACUCACUCACUCACUCACUCACUCACUCACUCACCAUGUCUCUCGAAGACUCUCUAAGAUCUCUCUCCCUCGACUACCUCAACCUCCUCAUCAACGGCCAAGCCUUCAGCGACGUCACUUUCCAAGUCGAGGGCCGUCUCCUCCACGCGCACCGCUGCAUCUUGGCCGCGCGCAGCCUCUUCUUCAGGAAAUUCUUCUGCGGGCCCGACCCCCCGCCGCCCGGCCUCGACCCCGGAGGCGCCUCCCCCGCCGCGGCGGCGCGUGGCCCCGGCGUGAUCCCCGUCAGCUCGGUGGGGUACGAGGUUUUCUUGCUGUUGCUGCAGUUCCUGUACAGUGGACAAGUCUCCAUCGUGCCGCAGAAGCACGAGCCCAGGCCCAAUUGCGGCGAGCGAGGGUGCUGGCACACGCAUUGCACCUCAGCCGUUGAUCUCGCCCUCGACACCCUCGCCGCCGCUAGAUACUUCGGCGUUGAACAGCUCGCAUUGCUCACUCAGAAACAACUAGCGAGCAUGGUAGAGAAAGCCUCAAUCGACGACGUGAUGAAAGUGCUGAUAGCAUCGCGAAAGCAAGAAAUGCAGGAGCUGUGGAGCACGUGCUCGCACCUGGUGGCGAAGUCAGGGCUGCCACCGGAGGUGCUGGCGAAGCACCUCCCCAUCGACGUGGUGGCGAAGAUCGAAGAGCUCCGUCUCAAGACCUCCCUCGCGCGCCGCUCCCUCAUGCCCCUCCACCACCACCACCACCACCACCACCACCGCCGCCGCAGCCACGACCUCGCCGCCGCCCCCGACAUCGAGGACCACAAAAUCCGGCGCAUGCGGCGCGCCCUCGACUCCUCCGACGUGGAGCUCGUGAAGCUCAUGGUCAUGGGCGAGGGCCUCAACCUCGACGAGGCCCUCGCGCUGCACUACGCCGUCGAGAGCUGCAGCCGCGAGGUCGUGAAGGCGCUCCUCGAGCUGGGCGCCGCCGACGUCAACUUCCCCGCCGGCCCCGCCGCGAAGACGCCGCUCCACGUGGCCGCCGAGAUGGUCUCGCCGGAGAUGGUGGCGGUGCUGCUGGACCACCACGCCGACCCCAACGUCCGAACCGUGGAGGGUGUCACCCCUUUGGACAUCCUCAGAACCCUAACCUCGGACUUCCUCUUCAAAGGGGCUGUCCCUGGGCUCACCCACAUCGAGCCCAACAAACUCAGGCUUUGUCUCGAGCUCGUGCAAUCCGCGGCCCAGGUUUUGUCCCGCGAGGAAGGAAACAACGUCGACGACGACAACAACAAUUGCGCUUCUGCUUCUGCUUCUGCUUCUGCGACCGCUAUUUACCCGCCAAUGAGUGAAGAUCACAGUAGCGGCAAUUUGGACUCGAGGUUGGUGUAUCUGAACCUCGGUGCCACGCCACAAAUGGGUGACGAUGAUAGCAGCAACACUCACAGGGAAGCCAUCAACCGUCAUGGCUCGCAAGGUGCUGGAUGUGACCCAACAAUGUACCAUCACUCUCAUGACUUUUAGUUCUUCACCACAAGCUUUUCAAAUGGUCACCAUUUGAAGUGCGGUUUCAUACGAGAUGGGGAUAAGCGACAAGGAGAAUCUAUUCAGUGUAAUUUUGUUUUAUUUUUGCUGUAAAACCAAAGGGUGCAUGGAGGAGACGCAGGUCAAUCUUUUCAAUCCCACUUCACCUGUCAACUCCUUGUUUUUAUAUACACUGAUGCUUAGCUAAUAUCACGGCCAACUUAAUUUGGCUUUUGUGAUUC